UCACGAAGAAAACUGGUACCCUUGGCUUUGUCCACCACUCUGGGAGGAUACAAGUAUCAUUUCAGUUAGUUACUAAAAAUAAUGGCAACCAUCUCUGCUGCAACCACAACCCCAUCCAUCACACGGGCAUGCCUUGUGCAAAAGCAGCCUCCUACCCUCUCAUCUUCUCCCCUUCUUGGUUUGCCAACAAUGGCUAAGGUGGGAAGAGUAAGGUGCUCCAUGGAGGGAAAGCCUUCAGAGAAGGAAAGCAACUCAAGCAUGGGGAUGGGGGCAUCUUUGGUAGCAGCUGCAUGUGCUGCAGCCAUGUCAGGCCCAGCAAUGGCCUUGGUCGAUGAGAGAUUGAGCACUGAAGGAACUGGGCUUCCUUUUGGGCUCAGCAACAACCUUCUUGGUUGGAUCUUGUUGGGUGUCUUUGGUCUUAUAUGGGCUUUCUAUACUGUCUACACUUCCACGCUCGAAGACGAUGAAGAGUCAGGAUUGUCCCUCUAAAAAAGGCCUGGCCCAUGUGCUGUAGAAAAUGCAAACACUCCACUCAUCUUCUGUUGUAUUAAAACAACUUGUGCUCAUCAAUUUCCUCUUCUUUCUUUCAACCUCUAAUCUUCAUUA